GGAGGAUGAAAGUGCUAGAACAGAUGUAUGUCUCGAAUGGAAGGACCUAGCCUCGCCUGGACAGACAUCGGCAACCCCACUCAGCAAGUUGGUCCAAGCAUAGAGUCGCGUAUCAUCUGUUCAAUGCAACGGCCACAGAACCAAUGCAUCCUGACGUGAUUUUACUCGAGAUUGGCGCUGACACGUGGUACAGGACGUGCUGCAAUAUAAAUUAGGAGGAAUCCCUUUCACCUUUCCAGUUCUUAGUCCCAUCUACAUUGAGGCGAUACUAGAUCUAAUACAUCACCCCAUUACCUCAGUACGAGGCUGCAACUUGAAUACACUAUGGAGGCGUUGUAUCUUACAGACCUUCUGCAACAUCGACCUCUGGGUACUUACGGCGCAACAUCCUCCAAGACGUUACAUUUUCGAAAUGUACCUCUCGACACUGGCGUAAUCAACCUAUACGGAUGUACUUCGGUCAUCGUAAUUUCAGAAGAAGGUCUUUGGAUAUCCCACUUCUUUGAAAAUCCCUCCUUCGUCAACGGUCAGUCCCAAUUUCACCACGACGUGAUUUGGAUGGGUUUAGGAUCUGGCGACGGCCCUGCGUGGCAUGAGGAAGGCCUCUGGAAUUUGGCUUACCCAGGGGGCAUCCUCGGCUACACUAGCAACCCGAAGGCGUUUAUCAUCACACCAAGAAUCCGUACGCAACCUCCUGAGGCUGCUUUGCCCGGUCUGCUCUUGUACGCCAACGAAGUCGGGCAAAUCGCAACGAGACUUCAGACCUUGAUACCCAGCGCUGCCCCGCCAGUGGUCAUCGACUACAUACCCAGGGGUCCUGAUGAAUUAUAUCAACUCAUCGGAGUCUUUGCCAACACGCAUGGCAAAGUUCUCCUCGAGUACAAUCCAUCCCAUGAUUUGUUUGACUACGCGAAUGUUAAGCUUACAGUUGAAGACAACCUUGUAUUCUCGGACCGUUGGAUAGCUCGCCCAGACCAAAUCGUUCAUUAGGUGGGAAUCAGAGUUCAACAGUCCUAUGUUCGACGCAGUUAUGGGUAAUCAAACUUGCUUGGAGCGAUCCUAGUCUUGUUCGGCAUGAUGUGUAGAACAACCAAUAGAUUAAGGGAUGGUUUGGUGCAAGGUAACGCAUUCCAAAGUGUAUGGAGCAGACGAAUACGCGACAUUGGGUUGAGAAUGUUGAAGUGAAGUCUAGGUU